AUGUACUCCUCCCCUCCAGCGGCGGCCUGCAAGCCAGGCCCGGGCCGGACAUCCCGCGAGCCGGUAGGGCCGGCCCACGUCCCUCGGACCCGCCGCGAGGAGAAAGGAGAGGGCCUCGUCCGAUUUCCAAGCCCAACCUCUCUUCUCCCUCACGCUCAAAAAAACACUCUGAUCCGUCGCGCCGCCCGCCGCCCGCCGCGACCGACCGCCGAGGUUCUGCGACGCCGCGAUGCCGGGGCCCAGCCCGACGGCCGCCGCGUCCGGAUCCCCGCCCCCGAGCCCCGCGCGACGCCGCCGCCCGCCCCGGCCCCGCCUCUUCGUCCUCCCCUGCCGCCGGUGCGCGCCGCCGCUUCAUCCGAGGACGCGCUGGUCAAAGGCCGGGGCGGUGGCGGUGCCGACGGAUGCCGCGCCCAGUCCAUGGCCAUGGCCGACCUCCUCGUCCAAGGUUUAUUCAUGUUUGUACACGAUGGCUCCGUACUUGGUCUAUCCUGCAGAGGCCGGAGGACAGGGACCUUUUUAUGAUGGCGUCUACACGGCUGGAGCGUUCGGCCGGGGGUUUUCUACCCCAUUGAUGGCGGUGUGAUCUACGGAUAGGAUCUGCCGCUCCUUAGGCUCGACAUGAUUUAUUUGCUUCGCAUUGUACCGAAUUAUUUUUAAUUUUAGGGUACUCUCGACUUUUUGGCUGUGUGCAUCUAUUUAUGCAGAGGUCGGGCUUUCUUUCGAUGC